GUAAAACGCUUCAGGGGUGUGUUUCAGUCGAAGGGAAAAACGCACGGUACGAUUUACUAGCUUUGCUGAAUGAAGAUAUAUUUUCCUUUAGUUAUAUACUAUUAUUUCACAAACAAAACAAAGAAUAACCCAAUAAGGUUUGUGAGCACGCAUCAUUCAGUCGUAUCGUUGCGCGGCUCCUAUAAUAACACCAGAAACGCUGCAACAAAGCAUACGGUUUCGCGCCGAAAAAGAAAACGGCGAAAAACACGCAGGAAAAUACAAAAAACGAAACAAAUAAAAUUGUACGCACUCAACAAACAUAAACAUGUUUUAGCAAAUGCGUCGAUAGUUUGUUUGCUGAAAUUGCAGCAACGCUACAGGCAGCAGGGCGAAGUGUGUGUGAGUGCGUGUGUAAGCAAGCGGCGCGUUUGUAAAACGGCUGAGGUAGAGGCCCUCCCUCUCCUCCACCCUCUCAAAACACAAUGGCACCCACAAAGAAACGUGAAAGAGACAAUGGCGAUAGUGCGGGCGUUGUGGCUAACAACAUAAAUGGCCUAAACAAUGGAAGUGGACACGGUGCAGAUGCUGCUGCAAAUGAAGCGUUGGCAGCGCCAGCGGCAGCAGCUACUGCAUUAUCAACAACACUUAACCAUGAAACCCAUGCUAAACUUAACGGACAUCAGCAAGAGCAGGAACUCUUCUUACAGGCAUUCGAAAAACCCACACAGAUCUAUCGUUACCUACGCAAUCGCCAUGAGACAAACCCCAUAUUUCUAAAUCGCACGCUCAGCUAUAUGAAGGAGCGCAUGUCACGGAACAACAAGAAACGCGCCAAUUUCAAGAUAGACUCCAUACUGGACACAAUUACCCAAAAGUCUGAGGCUGUAACCCAAAACUACCUGCAUGUUAUCUAUGACUCCCUGCAUGAAAAGCUUAAACCACAAGACAACGAUGAGCUGCUAAGGCAGGGGCAGGAGCAGCUGCUCUGUCAGGCGGGAGAAAGGGUUUGUGUGGAGACAACACUUUAUAAGAUAACGCGCAGCAAGCGCAAGGACAGUACACUAGACUUUCAAGAGCUACUGAGCAAGAGCUGCCAAAUUGUUUACAAUCCCAAUGAAGGCAUCGAUGAGCAUGCCACCAUCAGCAUACCCUUGCAGACAAUGCGACCCAUGGGUGAUCAGCAUACGCUCUAUAAGCUGCUCUUUCGCAUUAAGAUGCAGCCACAAACAUGCAACGAUGAAAAUGCUGCUACACCGCCGAGCAAACGACCACGUAGCAAUGAGAAGAUGUACGGCUCGGAGUUGAUACUGUACGAGAAGUCGAGUGGAUUCAUCACUGAGGGCGAAUACGAGGCGAUGUUGCAGCCGUUGAAUUCAUCUAGCAUUAAGUCGUUCUCACCAAAGAAAUGCACCUGGGAGACCAUGCCCGACAGCUACAUUCCACUUUCGCUGACCUACGAUGUGUACCAGCAGAGUCCCAUGCUUAAAUUCCAUUUGACUUUGUCCAAUGAGCAGUUGCCCGACAUUAUAGCCGCACCGGAGAUACAACGUUAUGUACAUCAUUUGGAUGCUGAGGCGGAUCUUAGUCACAUUAAUAUCAACAAUAACAACAACAAUAAUAAUAACAAUAACAAUUGUAGCGGCCUAAAGAACGGCAGCAUUUGCAAGGCAGUGCCGGAGCACAUACAAAUCGUGUACAAUUUCAUGUACAGCAACAACACACGCCAACAGACGGAGUACACUCAGGAGCUGAACUGUCCAUGGUGUGGAUUAGACUGCCUGCGUCUAUAUGCGUUGCUUAAGCAUCUCAAGCUGUGCCACGCACGCUUCAACUUUACGUACCAGCCAGCAGGCACCGGCGCUCGCAUCGAUGUGACCAUCAAUGAUACAUACGAUGGCUCCUAUGCUGGUUCACCCUAUGAUCUGGCCGGUCCAUCCGGUUCGUCGUUUGCACGAACCUGUGGUCCGGUAAGGCGUACUUCGGUCACUAGCUUAAUGGUAUGUAGGCCCAGGCGUCAGAAGACCUGCCUAGAUGAAUUCCUCGAGUUGGAUGAGGAUGACAUCAGUAAUCAGCGUUCGUACAUAACUGGACAUAAUAGGUUGUACCAUCAUACGGAGACUUGUCUGCCGGUGCAUCCUAAGGAGCUCGACAUUGACUCUGAGGGCGAAAGCGAUCCACUUUGGCUGCGCCAAAAGACCAUACAAAUGAUCGAUGAGUUCUCCGAUGUCAACGAGGGCGAGAAGGAGCUAAUGAAGCUUUGGAAUCUGCAUGUGAUGCGACAUGGCUUUGUGGGUGACUGCCAGCUGCCAUUGGCCUGCGAAAUGUUCCUGGAUGCCAAGGGCCACGAGAUUGUGCGCAAGAAUCUCUAUCGCAAUUUUAUUCUCCACAUGUGUUCGCUUUUCGACUACGGCCUGAUUGCGGCAGAGACGGUGUACAAGACGGUGCAGAAGCUUCAGGGUUUGCUUAGUAAAUAUGCUGCCGGCCAGGAGCUAAUGCAGCGACAGCGUGAGGCUCAGCUUAAAUACUGGUUGGAUGUGGGCAUGCACAAGAAGCAGGAUGAUCUUAAGCACAAGUCGCCACAAAAACCAACGGCUAACUCCGGCAUGGAUACACCAACUACCUCAUCAGGCAGCACUGCCAGCGCCAUGCAGCCACCCAAGCGCAUGCCAGCUAAUCUUAAACGAGCUAAUGCCGCCGCCGCCGCGGCUGCAGCAGCGCUUGACGGCCAGGAUAGCGCUGCUGCUAAUGGCAACAGUAGCAAGAAUGUGGCCAAGAAGAGUGCCGACCAACCAGUUACCGCUAAUUUGGCCAAUACGCGCGAGCGCCGUUCCGACCCGUGCCUAAAGCGGAGCGCUAACAGCGGACGCCUCAGUGCGCCCGAUAGCAGAACUGCCAAUUCUUUAGCCAAGCGCAAAGUCGGCGCUAAAGCAGAAAUGGCUGAUGUGGAGCAGUUGGAAGAAAUGGCCGCUAUGGACGUGCCUCAGGUUUUAGCUGCUGCUGACAAUGACAAUGACAAUGGCAAUGGCAAUGGCAAUGAGAAUGGGAAUGGUGUUGAUGAUGUUGAAGAUGCAGCAGUUAAUCAGGUUGAAGUUAAUGAUGAUGAUGAUGAUGAUGUAACUGGGAAUUCUACUGCCCCCGUUUAUGAUAAUUAAGUUAGCAAAUAUACUGCUGUGAUCAACAAACGGCAGCGCUAUAGCGACAGCAGCGCCAACGUCGGCAUGGGAGCCAGCGGUAACGGUUCAUCCACACGCAACAAAAGCAAUAAUCAUUCACUGCCAGCAAACAGCAACAGCAACAACAAGCG